AUGUUUCAGUGGUCAAUAUUUCAGCACGAAUCAUUGCAUUCAGAUGAAUUGUUGAUGACCUUCAAAGACAACUCUCAGGGAAUAUUCAACAAGCUGAGCACAUCUGAAACAGCAAACCAAUCUUUCACGACUGGGUCAUCAGUAGCCAAACCACAAAUUAGAAACAAAAACAUUUUCAGAUUCUGUAAAUUGAAGAUUCUCAAAGAAUUAGAUACAUUUCAGCGAGCACAUUUAAAGGAAGGUUGUGGCAUAAUGCGACCAUUCACUAUAAUGGGUGAAUUCGGCAGUGAAUAUCAAAGUAGUUUCAUUCACUGUGCUUGUUAG